AUGAAGGAGUUCAUAGAUCUCGAAUUGCGGAGAAGGAAGAACGCUGGGAGAGAUUUGAUCGACAUUGCGGGGAGUUUCUGCAAGAGAUUGAGAAAAUGGAGGCGGAAACGUAAAUCGAAGGAGAACACUGCCACCGCCGCCGACGAUGACGGCGGAGGACGCGGUGGCGGUAAUGGACCCUGCGGUUUGGAUAGUGAUGUGAUGAGAGGGUAUAGGGAGACUCAAUCGGAGGUUGGAGAGUACGGAUUUUUGCGGAGAAGGUCGUGUGACACUGAUCCGAGAUUGUCUGUUGAUGUUGAUGCAGGAAGAAUGUCGUUGGACGAUUCGAGGUUGUCGUUUGAGGCGGCUCGAGCUUCUUGGGAUGGCUAUUUGAUUGGGAGAACAUCGUGUGCAAGGUUCUCUCCAAUGGUUCAUGUUAAUGAGAGGGUUUUGGAGGAGAAUGAGGAGGAACAAGAGGUGGUGAGUUUGGAAAGUGGUGGAGAGAAUUGUCCUGGUGGUUCUUCUCAGACCAAAGAUUACUAUUCCGAUGCGAUGAAUCAGCAGCGGAGGAGGAGGAGUUUUGACAGGUCAAGCUCUAGGAGGAAGCAAUCAAUGGCAGAUGUUGAUGAAUUGAGAGUGUUGUCCAAUGCCAAGGUUUCCCCUGCAACCAAUGAGUUGUUCUAUGGGGCAAAGGUGCUGAUAACUGAUCAGAACGAUUCACAGAAUGAGAACUUGAAUGGUCAUGUUCAGUCUGCUUUUGCAAUGAUGUCUGGUUCUAAGAAUGUCCAUGAUGUUGCAAAUGGGGUUAAUAAUCAAAAAGGGUUGAAUAAGUUCCAUAAGUGGGUCAAGAAGUUGAACAAGUUGGGGUUGGUGCAGAGGAAAAGGGAAGCUAAGGCGGUAGAAGAAGAGCGUGGAUCAGGAGACACGGUUGUUAAUAAGCCGGUCACCGAGUCUUGGCAGAAGCUGAGGAGGGUGGUUAAUGGAAACACGAGCGAGUCUGUUAGCCAGAAGCUUAUUCGAAGUUACAGUGUUAGCUGUAGAAAUCCCUGUAGAACAGAUGGUUUAGUCAAUGGAUUUGUCGGUACUCCAGAGACCAAUGGCAGUAUUUUGAAUGGAAGAAAAGAGUUUACACUUCAAAGGAACCGAAGCGUUAGUUAUUCACCGGGUAAUGUUGACACCGGCUUGUUAAGGUUCUAUUUUACUCCUUUGAAGAACUAUAAGCGAAGCAUUUCAGGAAAGAGUAGCUCAAAGGAUUAG